UCAUAAUCGACAUAUCAGCAAGUUUAAUUGUCACUUUUAUUUACUUAAGUCCUGAAGAAGGCUACUUAAACUUGCUGAAACAUGGAUUUUAAAAUCAAUCCCAGGAAACAGAGAGCAACUUUUAAAUUCCUUUUUGAAUCAAUCACUAUUCAUCGUGUCAGAUCGAUGCUGCAAAUUAAGUUUUCAUGUCAAACCUUGAAUGUACAUGCCAAAACGUCUUCAAUUCUGUUCAUUAGUCAUUAGUGUCAUGUCAUUCCAUCAUCCUUUGGAUGGAAUGGAAUGCCAUUCCAUUCCUGAAAUUGUUUCGCCGCUAAUGGCCUGGGCCUGCUUAUGUUUUCGGCUCAUGGAGGACAGUGUUGAAGGCCGAGCUACGCUGGCGUCGAUGGCUUUUGAAGCCUCAGCAGCCUACGAACAAGUUCGACCGAGUUACAGUGUUGAAUCUGUCAAGUUUUUCUUGAAAAAACUUGGCAUCCUAGAACAGCAAAGAGCGCAGCCACUCAGUAUUCUUGAAUUAGGCGCCGGUACGGGAAAAUUUACCCGCGUUGUGAUGGAAGUUUUGAAAGGCAUCGACGCGCGGGUAAUAGCGAGUGAUCCCACUAAUACUAUGGUACACGAGUUCCAAAGAGUUUUGCCUAAUGUCGAGUUGUUGCAGUGCUUCGCUGAGAACAUUGCUCUUCCAGACUCAAGUGUUGAUGCAGUUUUGGCAGCCCACUGUUUCCAUUGGUUUGCAAACCAAGAUGCUGUAAAGGAGAUCUGUCGUGUGUUGACACCUGCGGGAUCUUUAGGAAUGAUCUGGGCCAUGCCAGAUGAGUCACUACCUUGGGUGAAAGAUGUUCUUGCGUUUAUCCGCCCAUUGGAGAAGGACUUUAAGUGUACCAUCUCAGAAGAAACCAUGGGGAAGGUUUUUAAAGAAGUUGGAGAACACUUUACCGUUGAGAAGGAUUCAAGUAUGAAAACCUCCUGGCAGCUUACCUAUGAUGGCUGCUAUAAGUACUUUAUGUCAAAAGGCAUUAUGCAAAGUAGCACAGAUGAAAUCAAAGCACAGUUCAAGACUUGGUUUGAUGAUGUUAUGAGAAAGCAUUUUCCUGAAAGGAAAGAAAGUGAAUUGUGCAGCAUCAGCUGA